CCGCGCGCCGCACUCUGACCCCGCCCCUUUCCGAUCCCGCCCCUUUCAGACCCCGCCGAACAUCCGCUUCCGGUUCCCAGACAAAACUGGCGGUGAGCUGAGUCUGAGGUGGCAGAGGCCUGCCGGCGGGAGAGGGCCUUACCAGAGAUGGACAGCCGGAUUCCUUACGAUGACUACCCAGUGGUUUUCCUGCCUGCCUAUGAGAAUCCCCCAGCUUGGAUUCCUCCCCAUGAGAGGGUAUACCACCCAGACUACAACAACGAGUUGACCCAGUUUCUGCCCCGUAUCGUCACACUGAAGAAGCCCCCUGGAGCUCAGUUGGGAUUUAACAUCCGAGGAGGAAAGGCCUCCCAGCUAGGUAUCUUCAUCUCCAAGGUGAUUCCUGACUCUGAUGCACAUCGAGCAGGACUUCAGGAAGGAGACCAAGUCCUAGCGGUGAAUGAUGUGGAUUUCCAAGAUAUUGAGCACAGCAAGGCUGUUGAGAUCCUGAAGACAGCUCGCGAAAUCAGCAUGCGUGUCCGCUUCUUUCCCUACAAUUAUCAUCGCCAAAAAGAGAGGACUGUGCACUAGAGAGUUGGAACCCACAGCGCUCCCUGUGGAAUCUUCCAGGACAAGCUAACUAGACCUCAGGGAAGCCACUUGGGGAGCUCUACUCUCAGCCCCACCCUGGCGGAGUGGAGGGGGAGGAUGGGGAGACACGAGGCUCUGCACUGAGCAAGCUAGCCAACUGCAUUAUCCAAACUGUACUGCACUUUCACUUCCCCAGUUUUGUAGGUGAGCUUCAUUCCUGGAAAGGAGAAGGAUGACAAUGUCUGGGUAUAGCUUAGCUUUUGGAGAACCCUGCUAGAAAAGGCAACUGACAUUUAUUAAAUACCAUGUGCUAGGCAGUUCCACACAUGUCAUAGCAUUUUCAUCAGAGUAUAGAAAUCAGUAGAAAAAGAGGGAUCUGGGGGAGGUCUCCCAUCUAAUCUGCCUGGCUUUCUGAUCCCAUCCUUACACUACCAGUCUCAAACUUUGGAGACUCCAGUGGAACCCUGUUUUUCCCCCUCUCUCCUUCUAUCUCUUCCCUCCAAAAGUAAAACACAAUGCUGAGGAAAUAUUGGUGUGACUUUUGGAUGAUACUGAUUGGGUGUCAAAUGCUUUUGAGGAAAAAUAAAAGCUCUUCCAUAGAGAGGAGCCACUAAGCAACAGAGCAGCACUAUACCUACUUUGCAACUAUCUCUGGCCAGAACAUUAGGGAGGCCCAGGACGCUUAUCUGCAGUAUAACCAAGGAAUGGUAUAGGGUGAGGGGUACUGGAGGAAACAGCGCCCCUCCCCCCAUGAACUGUGGCCAUUUCUCUGCAAGGGGACAGUAUUAAUAUAGUUCUGUCUUCUCUUUUCCCAGAUUCAUCUGGAACAUAAACUAAGGGAGAGACUUAGAUGCACUUCUUUUCAGGGACAACAGUAAGAAAUUGGUUCCCAAUUUCCACCUCGUAGGUUGAGUAUUAUUGACCUCUGACUUCUCCAGUUUUCUUCACCUCAGCCCCCAAAUAACCUUCUGCUCUAUUCUUAGUUCUUUCAUACCAAUCUGUGUUAGAGAUUCCAGGCCACACCUUAUUCCAUUUCCUUGGCAUGUUCACAAUACCCAUUCAGAAUAGAAAGUUUUCUAAAGAGGUAUGGGGUGAAGUAGGACCCCGGAAUAAAAGUCCCAAAUUUGCCUUCAGAGAAUCCUGGGAAGUAUUAGUAUAUAUUUCAAAGCCCUUCCCCUGGAGAGUGAUUCUUUUGGUCUGAGAUGGAGCCUGGAAAUCUGAAUUUUUGAAUAAGGUGAAUAACAAACAUAGGAAACAGUUCUAAAUACUAGUACUGUAUCUGUAAGAAAGUUCUGGUUUUUCCUAUAAAUCCCACCCUAGCUCUACAAUGGGCCCUCUUCUGUUGGCUCAAUCCCAUUGUUAGGUAGCAGCAUCCUGGUGAACAUUGCGGGAGGUAGAAUUAAUCUAGCUGUGUCUAUGCUUCCUGGGAAAUUCCCCUCCCCCACCCGAUAUAGACUAUAUGGUAGUAUUUGCUCUGCUGCCCCCCAAUGGCCAUCUGAGGAAGAAACUAGUGGCAGAGAUACACAAAGGCAUAUUGGCUGAGUCUACUGAAUGUUGAGGUCCAAGACUCUCCCUGUGGUUAAAAGGCUUUAAAACAACUCAUAUAAGAAGUGUGGCAAACAGGGUGAAAAAAAAACAAACAAACCCAGCCAGAUGCCAGGGGCCUAAAAGGGAAAACCCCUCCUGCCCAAAAUUGGUUCUCACUUUGAGGUAUUUGGAAUGGUUCUGUGUUGGGGCACCAGCAUGAUACAACUGCAGGGUGGAGGUACAGGAAGAGCGUACUGAAGCUGCAAGCAAUCAGAGGCUAAGGUGAAAGGACCAGUCAUUUAUUGAGUGUGUAGAUAAGAAGGAACUGUAUCAGCCUGUGAAGUAUCCCAGCUGCUAUAGAGCUGUAUGCCCUAGAGAUUGUCUUUUAGUAGUCAGAGGAGGUAAGUUGGGAUUCCUGGGCCCUGUAAGAACUUUCCACCCAGGAGCUGUGAGAAGCAGUCAAGAAAAAAUGAUAGCAUUUUCAAGGGUUCCAUUUUACUCCUAAGCCUAGGAAUUGGACAAGAGCUUACUUAGUGGCCAAGUAUUUAAACCAUAAAUGUGAGGUUGUGGGAGAAGGACUGGUACUAGGAAGCCCAAAUGCAAUGAAUUUAUUAAAUUAGGCAGAGAGACAGCCUAAGCUAUCAACAGGAAUAAUGGCUUUUGAUGUCUGGCUCAUUGGAGGGUGUCAGUUGGAUUUUACCAUUGAGGUGUGUGUGAAGGUAGGAAGAUAAUAGAGUGUGGUGGCUGGGGUCAAAUCUCAACUCCCAGGGGCAUCUUCUAGGAAACACAGAAAAGGAGUUUUUAUCCAUUUCACCUAAAGGCAAACCAGGGAGCUACUUUGGGCUGAAGUUAGUCCCAUUUUCCUUUAAGUAUCAGGCAGAAAAAUUGGCAGGGCCGUCAACUCAGCAAAGGAAGUUUGCCUUCUCCCAGCAAAGCUGGGAGAGAGGAUCCUCUCUUCCCUCAGUGGAGACGAAUUAACCUCCGGCAGGAAGGGCAAAAGCUGUGCACUGGAAUAAAUGUGCGUGUAUGCUCAAAAGAAAAAAGGUCAAGUUCAGAGACGUGAUUCCAGGCCUUUGCACUGUAUGAUGGGGAGAUGAACCUUACCCCCAAACCCAUGAUAGGACAAGCCAGGUUAUCCAAAGAGUAAGCAGUGGUGGGUAGCUAGAGAUGAGUGCAUUAGAAUGAUCAUAAAGAGAAAUGAGUAUUUUUCACAUUGUAACUGGUUUUGGCACUGGUCUCAAUAAACAUCACAUUGAGAUCUCUGAA